ACUGCUAUUAAAAACAACAACAACACAGGGUGCGGAGCGAGCAGCUGCCGGAAGGAACACACCCCCGCCUUCAGAGCCGAACCGGAACACACAGAAAUCAGACGAGCAGCUUCGGCGAGGUCUUCUCUGCCUCGGGUGUGACGGAUGUGGCGAGAUGUUGAAAAAGGAAACUCUUUGCUACUGCUGAGCAGAAAGAGGGCAGCGGACCACUGGAGGUAAAACACUUCAAUCAUUAUUGAUGAUGAUAGGAAGCUCCGACGUUCUGGUCCUGACCGUCGGGUCGGUUCUGUCUCUGAGUCUGCUCUCAGCGCUCUGCCUGCGAUGCAAGAAGAAAUCCAAGAUCAUCCAUGAGGAGCAUCAGAUAUACGACCCGAGGACGUUCCAACGGGGGGGAAGUAGGUUUGCUGUGACAGAAUCAAAAACAGUCACCAGAGCAAACCAGAUCACUUCAACCACAGUGGGCUCUGGUCCCUGUUGGUCCCCCCCCAGAACCGCCCAUGCUUCAUAUUGCUUUGAUAAAUUAAAAAGAGAAACUCAAGAGGACUUUUCAACAGCUGCAAAUGACGAGCAGUCAGACUAUCAAAAUGUCUCGGAUGCUCAAACCGGAAAUCCAGAACACACAUAUGUAGCUCCACUCCCGAUAUCAGCUUACAUAAACGAACUGACUAAAGAAAGAAUAACUGAUCAGAAUCCAGCUGUUUAUGCUAACGUCAUCUCAUCACUGCCGAUUAAAGAGGACGAGGACGACUACGAGAACUCGGAUUUUCUGGACAAAAUUGUGGAGGAGGAAGAAGACAAUGAGCCAGAUUAUGUGAAUGAGAACGGCUGACAGCAGAGACGAUGUUCCUGCACCCUGACCUCUUUGAGUUAAAUUCAAAGUAAAAUUAUUAUUUUUUUUAAGUAUUUGUGUUCCUGCUCUGUGUCAUGUGUUAAUGAUGUAGACAACUGUGUGAAUAAACGCUCAUGGAGCUUG